AUGAUGACGCCUUCUGCUCCUGCGACUCUCCCCCUUCUUGCAUCCUCAAUUAGUGAAGGAUUUGAAAGAUCUUUAGGGCAUAUAUCAGGUGUGAUGAUUUUUGUUGAUACAAGUGGAGAAUCCUUAAGGAAAAUGCAAAAUUCUGGGUUUAUUCAAAUAAUAAAUACUGCCUCAAAAGAUUUCACCUUGCUUUUCACAUGGGCUAAUUAUGUUGGAGGGCAAUCUGAAUUUACUGGUCAUCACUUCAACUCAAAGAUAAAGAGGCCUGAUGGCGUGCAUGGUGUGCUUCUACAUCACAAGACUGCAAAUGAGCAAUCUCUGCUCACAUUUGCAAUUGCAGCAGAAGAGACUGAAUAUGUUCAUAUCUCAUAA